UUAAUGGAUUUCCAACAGAAGCAAAUAACACUUCGCAUUCGGAAAAAGUUAUACUAUCUAGUAAGCUGAUAAACGUAGCGAAAGAAUUGAUAGAGGGAAUACCUAAAGAUGCUAAAGAUGGUGAAAUGAGACCUAGAUUCUUUCCGUUACUCAUACAUGGAUUCUUUAUGGCAUUGAGAGCUGUAGUGCCAAUAAUCGCGAAAGCUGUAUCAAAGGUAGCUGUAAAAUCUGCAGCGCCUAUAGCCAGGGCAGCUGUAAAAGUUGCAGCGCCUAUAACUAGGAAAAUUUCGAAAACUGCAGCUAAAAAAGUAACUAAAGAAGUUGCGAAAAAAGCAACAAAAGAAGUCUCUAAAAAGAGUGCAAAAGAAAUUACUAAAAAAACAACCAAAGAGGUUGUGAAAAAAUCGGCCAAAGAAGUGUCCAAAAAAGCCACUAAACAAGGUGUCAAAGAAACUGCUAAACAGGUCGCUAAAGAAUCGUCCAAAAAAGCGUCAAAAGAAGUUGCUAAAAAAACAACUAAAGAAGUUGCCAUAAAAACUGCCAAUCAAGUUGCCAAAGUAUCCACUAAAGAAGCAUCCAAACAAGCUACAAAAAAAGGUACUUUAGCAGUUAUCAGAAAUAUUGCUAAAAUUGUUGAUCAUACUGAAGAUGUUGCUGAUCUUGUUCAAAUGCUUGCUGAAAUUAGCGAACCAUCGAAUACAAUACAAACAACUGAGCUCCCAAGUAACACUACCUCGGAUAAUUACGAUUACGAUGACGAAGAAGAAGACGAGGACGUAACGGAGGAGGAAUCCGAAGAAGAUGAACAAAAUAGCAAAAACGACAGAAGUAACGAAAAUAAUGACACCAAUUAUGAUAGCACAAGCAAUCAAAAUGGAUCAACCAUAGAAACUUCAAAAAACGCCACCAGUGAAGAUACCAAAAAAUCAAAUGAAAAAACUUCUAAAAAAAACAUCAACAAAGUUGCCAAAAAAAUUGUAUUAUACAAUAUUAAUAAUUUUUUAAACAAUCUCUUACAAAACAACAAAGGUCGGCAACCCAUAAUACAAUUUAAGAUGCGUGUUUCAAAAUACAAUGAUUAA